GGGUUAGUGCGGAAGGCGUCACGCUCUCCAACGGAACUGGCGUCGCUGACGUAAUCACCAGGCGCAGUUCCUGGUCUUUGGCAGAGACGGGUUUUUUUUUAGAUUUCAGUCGAUGGUAGAUUUUCGUCGGCCCCAAUCCGGAGUCUGUUUCCUAGUAUUUGGUGGACGGUUGUCUGUGUCUGCUGUUCGGCCCACAGAAACCAACAGUUUGUGUCUGUCAUAAGCUUCCUGUGUGGGUUUGUGGCAUCGGUGACGCUCAACAGGAAGACAGAAAGGGAGAGACGACAGAGGAAGCUGCCGUGGCCUCUUUGUCAGCCUCAAAAUGACUGAGUUUUGGGUUUGUUUCAGCUGCUGCAUUGCAGAGCAGCCGCAACCUAAACGGCGGCGGCGAAUAGAUCGCUCCAUGAUCGGGGAGCCAACAAACUUUGUUCAUACCACACAUGUAGGCUCAGGCGACAUGGGCCUGGGAUUGGCUUCAGUGGAUCUCGUUCAAGCCCAGAUGAAAUCUAAAGGCGGCUACGCACACGGGGGUUCGGAAGGUUCUCAGUUAUAAUAAGAUCAUCAAAGAAACUUGUGGAAACUACUGUUGUUGAUAUGAGGAAGCAUCUUCAGAAGCAGUUCUGUCUGUAACGGACACAGGACCAAAAGAUGAAACUAUUGCUUUUCCAUAAUGUUGUACAUAUUUUUAUUUUUCUUUUGUUUUUGUUUUUUGUUUUCUUUUUUUAAUGAAAGCACUGCUAUCCAUCGGCUGCCAUACUGUUGCACUGUAAAGAAUAGACAAGAGGGUUUAGAAAGCUCAUAAUCUCAGUCAAGAUGUAUGCUUGUGUGUAUGCAUGGGAAAAUUAUUUUCAAACAUUUGCUGUUUUAGCCCAUUUGGAUGCCUGUAUUUAUUAUCUGAUUUGUAAACGGACCUCAUGGUGGCUGGGCCACUCUGGAGAUUUGGAACAUUCUGUUUCCUUCUGUAUUCUCAGAGGUUUUUCAGACGACAGGUAGAGGUAGCAGAGCAAAAGGCAAAAUGUUCACUGUUUUAUUCCGAAAAAUACUCAUGAUUCUCCGAGUUGCUUUCAGGGGUAAAGAAUGCUGUUUUGUAAUAAACUUGAAAUGAGUAGAGUACACUGGACCAUGUAUUGUACACUCACAAUUGCUUAGGAAUUUUGCAUUGAUUUCAACUGUUUAUUUUUUUUAUAUCCAUCUAGAGUUAACCAUAUAGAAUUUUAAUAAACUAUGACCUUCCUAAUCUGC